GGUCGAAGUACACCCCUCAGUCCAUGAGCGUCCAGGGCAUCCUGAAGGACAUGUACGCGACCUUCGCCACGGACGUGGAGGAGGCGACCAAGACGGAGGCCGACCAGAACCGCCAGUUCGAGGGUCUCAUCGCCACUCUGGUCGAGCAGGCCAACAACUGGAAGGCGGAGAAAGCGGCCAAGGAGGAGCUCAAGGCCGAGAAGGAGUCCACCCUCGCCGACGAGACCCAGCUGUACGACGAGACCGAGGCGCAGAUGGAGGCCGACAUUGCCUUUUUCGACGUCACCGCGAAGGCUUGCGAGGCGAAGCACGCCGAGUGGACCCAGCGGUCGGCUCUGCGCGUGGAGGAGAUGAAGGGCAUCCAGGAGGCCAUCACGCUGCUGUCGUCCGACGAGGCCCGCGAGCUGCUGGCCUCCGCCAUCAAGGAGGGCAAGGAGGUGAACGCCAAUCCGUCCGCCUACGACACGGGCGCGGACACCCUCGGCACCUUUGCGCCGGCGCUCGUGCAGGUCGGCCGCGGCGACUCGCGUAAACCGGCCUUGAGCGCCUACAAGGCCCUCAAGGAGAAGGCCACGUACGCGAAGAGCCUCCGCCUCGCGGCGCUCGCCGCGCAGGUUCACGAGGCCCGCAUCGUCGUCGGUCCGGCCACACGGAAGGAUCUCAGCGACGUCAUGGAGAUCGAGGCGAGCGCCCAGCAGGAGGCCGACGGCAAGAUUUGGUACCUUUUGAGCCCGGACCUCGACGUUUACCCAGUGCUGGUGGACGCCCCGGACCUGCGCGGCUACGAGCUUCUGGACAACGACGGGAGCGUGCUGUUGAGGUCUGGGCUCCGCCGGGGCGCGAGACCGGUGUACGGCUCCGAGUGGGUGCCUACCGCGCUGGAGCUGGUGGACGCGAUGGAGGCGGUGGCCCCGCGGGUCAGGCCCGAGCACAGGAUGUCCAAGAAGGGUCCGCUUCCUCCGACGGGGGCAGCAGUGCAGACACCUACGGACUUGGUGAAUAUAGUGACUGGGAGUGAAAGGCUCCCGGAGGUCAAGCCGCUGCGCUGGUACGUCACGGCGGGGCCCAACAAGUCGGAGAUCGACGGCCUCUUCCCCCACUCCGUGGUGGACGAGUUCGCGCGCUCGGAUGACAUGGCCAUCGCGGUUGUCGGCACCGGCGUGUACACCCUCAGAGCCCUCGACCCGAAGGAGGGCGUCGUGCAGGUCAUCCGAGACGACCGCCUGCUAGCCAUGGCGAAGGACAGCAGCGGGAUCCGCAAGAAGCUGUUCAGGGACGCCGUGCUGGAGGUCACGGAGAGCCCGUGGCCAGGGUGGCCGCUCUUGGGGCCGCGCACCACGGCGUGGUGCGUCCGCUUCAUUGCAGAGCAGGACAGCCACCCCCGGGCCCGCCACACCAAGUGGCUGCACGAGACGGGGCUCACCCAGUCGGACCCGGGGGUGGCUGAUCAUGAAGUCGCCAUGCGGGCCUUCGAGUUCGGUCUCGUGUAUGACCAGGUGAACGUGGGGGAGCUCGUGAGUUUCGAGCUGCUGGCCCGGCGGGCGCAGAUGGCGGAGUGGCGAUGCCGCGACCGCCUGGCGCCCCGCCGGGCCGACGAGACCGCGGAGGACGAGCACCUCUACAUGGGCACGGGGGAGACGAGGGGUCUCAUCAUGAUGGCCCCGUUCUUGGUGGAGCACAUCUCGACGGAGCUGCACCGGGAGAGCCAGGUGAUGAAGGAGAAGAGGAAGUUGAGGGAGGAGCGCCAGCUCGCCAAGGGCACUGGCGCCGACGGCGACACGAAGGAGAGCCUUCGCAAGAAGGCGGCCGCGAUACCGGCGGCCGCGGCGCAAAGUGACGACGCCAUGCCCGCGCCCCGGGAGCUGCUGCCCGUGCCGCUCCCGCAGGCGCCCUUCGACAGCAGCGGGCCUUCAAGCUCAUGCUGUCGUGCCGUGCGUUCUCGUCUUCGCCGCCACCGGCACGUCGACGGGUGGAGCAUGGAGGUGCAUCAGGCGCUCAACUGUCUCCACGGACGAGGGGACGCCGAUCCUGGGUGCCCGCCCACUCUAGGGCAAAGUUUUUGUUCUGACCACGUGCGAGCUGCUGUUCAAAGCAUCGGGGCUCCUACGAUCACAGGCGCGGCAGCCUUCAAGGAGCUGUGCGCCAGCAAGCCCGGCUACACAUCGACGCCGGUGAAGCCCGCCGCCUUCCAGCGCGACCUCGUCGCGCUGCCCUCGCCCGGCGCCAAGUGCGAUGGCGCCUGCAUCCUGCAGGGCGAGGCGCUCGACCUUUGGGAGGAUUGGCAGCAGCGGUUGUUGCGGAAGAGCCCAGAUGUCUCCGCCGUGAAGCCGCAUUGCGACGCGAAGCUGAUGCAGAGCAAGUCCAGCUACGCCCACUUCGUGGCUGACUUGUACGACGCCGGGCUGGUGAAGUUCGGCUCUGACGAGCUGUGCCUCUCGCAAGUUGAUGUGGAGGCUUGCUUCUACCGCAUGCGUGCACCUCCCGGGAUGGAGGAGGUUUUCGUCUUGCCCCCGCUGGACUGCGGUGCGCUUCGCCGAGUUCGGCCAGACAUCGCCAUCGGCGGGGACGUGACAUGUUCUCCCUUGCUCAUCGUUCUGCCUAUGGGUUGGAACUGGUCACUGUUUUUUUGCCAAGAGAUGGUCACACAGUGCGUGCAGCGUGCUGGUUACCCGCCGUCCCGUAUUAUUGAAGACAAGCGGGCGACUCCAUCCCUGGUCGGCCAGACCGCUGCAGCGGUGUAUGUCGACGGAGUCGCAGUGAUUGGCACGCAGAGCGCGCAGACCGUGCAGGACUGUCGUAGCAUUGCCGAAUCCCUCCUCGCAGUGGGCCUGGUCACCAAGGACAUGGAGCUGCCACAGGACGAGCAGCCGUUCACCGGGCUCAUCUUCGAGAAGGGGUCCGGGCGGAUCUCCCUCUCGCGCAGCCGGAUCUGGAGGAUCCGACGGGCCUUCCAGUUUGCCGCCGAGGCCGACAAGCUCACCGGCGUGCAGAUGCGCAUGCUCCUGGGGCACUACACCUGGGCAGCCAUGCUGAGGAGGCCGCUGCUGUCCGUCUUCGCCGCCUGCUACUCCUUCGCGGAGAAGGCCGGGGACAUGGCUUGGCGGCCUUGGGCUACUGUACGUCACGAGCUCAGGCUGGGCGCGGCGCUGGUGGCGAUGGCUUUUGUAGAUUUGCGUCGGCCAGUCGCCGCCACUGCACUGGCUACCGACUACGCUUGGUCUGGCGGCGCCAAGCAAACGAGGCAGGGGACCAGCCUGGCCCCACCCAGAUGUGGCGCGCCAGGGCUCAGGCGAGAAGAGUGGAGAUUCAAGAACGCUCUCUCGACUUUUUAUAGGGCCGCCGGGCUUCAGAAGCCUGUCGGCCUCAAAGAAGACUGGAAGGUUUGUUUCUAUGGGCGGUUCAACAGGGCCGCCGACAUCGUUAUCCUGGAGGGGGAGGCUCUGGUCAUGGGGGUCCGCCACUUCGUUCGCAACACUGCCAACCAUGGACGUCGCCUGCUGCUGCUAUGCGAUAACAUGGGGCUGGUGCUCGCAUCAGGCAAGGGGAGAUCUUCGGUGCCGUCGCUCAACCUCGUGCUUCGUCGGCUCGCUGCGAUCUCCAUCUUUGCCAAUAUCGAUAUCACAGUACGGUGGAUCCCUUCAGAGUUGAAUCCAGCAGACGCCCCUUCGAGACUCCCAGCAGCCAGGGCUCAGGACGCCCGCCUCGACCUCCGCUCUUUUGGAGGCCGCCCUGCACCAGAGCCCGACGAUGGCUCGCUAUGGCGAGCCGCUGCGGAGGCGCUCGCCGCAGAAGGGCGCCCGCGGCGGCGCGACCCUGGCCUUGCCGGCCUCGGCGACGCUGCGGCGCCCGCAGCGCUGGCAGGGGGCUUCGGGGCCCACCGGGGGGGCAUCGGCACGCAGCCGAGCGACUCCUCGGACAGCGACUCGGAGCCGGAGUCCACGGCCAGCUCGAGUGACGCCAGCCCCAGCGGAGAAAGCUACAGCACGAAGAGCGAGGUUGGCGGCCGAGCGGACCAGGCGCGCAAGAUCAGGGCCUCGUCCAACGUGCACUUCGUGACCUCGUACCGGAACUUCGACAACUGGUGCCAGACGCACGCCGUGCCCGUUCAGACCGCCAACGAGAUCGACAAGGCCAUCAGCGAGUACAUGGACGUGCUCUACUUCGACGGGAUGCCGUCGGACGUCGCAUCGAAGACGAUCGCGGCCGUCCGGCACUUCCGCCCCGCGGCGGUGGGCGAGGCCGAGUUGGCGGCCAGCAGGGCCGCGCUGAAGGGCUUCCGCUUGCUCGCCCCAGCCCGCACGCGCCAGCCGCUGGUCCGCGAGGCGGUCUUCUGCCUGAUAGGGCUGGCGAUGCUGGACGGCGAGUCGGGGUUCGCGGAGGCCCUCAGCUUGGCAUGGGACACAGCCCUCCGCUUGCCCAGCGACCUGAUGCAGUUGCGAAGUCCGCCCCUCGUGCCGCCGCAGCCCCGCAUGGAGAUCUACGUGUGGAGCCUGCUGCUGUGCCCAGAGGAGACCGGCCUGCGCAGCAAAGGGAAGCAGUUCGACGAGGGGGUCCAGCUCACGCCAGCAGGAUCGAAGGCGUUAGGCCCUGCCCUGGCGCGCCUACGGGAACGCCCAGCCCUGGCGCCCCUGUGGGACCUCGACGCCAGGCGAUUCGGCCAGCUCUUCAAGAAGUACGCAGAGAUGAUCAACCUCAGGGACCCGCACCCAUACUGGGUGCGACACGGCUCGGCGAGCUGGGACAUCGCCAGCGGGACGCGGAGCCUCGAGGAGGUGCAGGCCCGCCUUCGGCACGCCAGCGCGACCAGCACCCAGCGGUACAGCCGAGCUGCUCGCUACACCGCGGAGCUGGAGCUGGCGCCCGAGUCGGUCAAGGCCUUCGGCGCCGCGGUGGCGGACCAGUGGGCCUUGACGCUCCAGGGCCGAGGCCGCCUGCCGCCCCGCCCGCGGCGCCCAGAGAAGCCGUGGUGA